AUGAUUAAAAAAAAGUUGGAAAAUGUUUUGCCAUGAAGCUUUCAUAAAAUUUGUCUUUGCUCCCUCGAAAACACAGUUAUGUUAUCAUGGGGCUCGUAUUUAUUGACUAUCCAGAAUUAAUUUCGAGAAAAACUGUCUUUAUUUUCGUCCAGAGCAUACAAACUUGCUCCAAAAAACAUUAGCUGACAAAAAUCCUUUAUUUCUCCCUGAAACAUUCCCAGAAGCAUGCAGGGUUCAAUCGACGGUUUUUUUUUCAAAUUUUGAAUUUGAAUUAAGCUCAGUAAAUAUGUCGAGUACCUCUUUAAGAAUUUAAGCAUCCAUUAUUUGAAAAAAAAAAUUUAAAUUGGACAAAAUUAUUCAAAAUAUUUUUAGCAGCCAGCAGCGUGCACCAGCAUUGAAUGCUUUGAUCGAGAACGAUUUCAUCAAAAAUGCGGUUUUCCUAUCAUUUGGUCGAAAAACACCUUGUCUUUCAAUAUUUAGUACUCGGAGCUCAUUUUUCUGAUCGACAAAAUGGAAGCCAACGAUAUGUCGCUGAAAUUGGUUGGCGUUGGUUUCUGUCUGGAAAAUUCGUCAAAUUCGAUUCUUUGAGGGCCUACAAGUUUCGGCGUGUACUGUGGCUCGGACUCUUUUGGUUCGGGCCAGUAUGUUGAGCGAUUGGGACUUGGUCAAUGAAAUUGCGAUCAUGGCGAACAAACGCCUAUGCAAGUUUGGAUUUAACGCAGAAAUGCAGGGAAACACGUAUUUGGUGAGGAUUUAUUGGUUCGUAAUGAUAAACAAAAUACGUAACGUUCGACGUUUCGAAUAUUCGAAUAUUUUUUAUCAAUUCAAUGAAAAAUAUGCAUGAGCAAGUUUUUUUGUGGGAAGUUUCGAAACAAAAUUCAAACAUGAAAUUUCAAAAAAAAGCUGUUACGAUACGUUUUUGUUGCUUCAAAUAACUCUUUUUUUGUUUUGAUUUAGUUUUUUUAUUAACUUAGAAUGCAUUUUUGAUGUAACUAACUAUUUCCUGUAGUUAAAAUCCAUUUCGAUAGAGUUCAAAACCAAAAUGACAGAACGCGCAAAUAGAAAACGCGCUCUUGUCUUAGCAAUUUAAAAAAAAACAUAUAAUCAAAUAGCGAACCGUCGGCGCCAUCUUCGAUCUCAUCCAAGUCUUCAUGUACAUUUUUGACGUUCCCCUCAUGAAUACCACUUCAGCUGUUGCGAAUUCCAAGUCAAACAAUGGCAAGUUCCACCAGUAAUAAUAUCAAAUUCGGAAAUUCAUUCCAGAUUUCUUGCCCACACUGAUCGCGACUUGGGAUCAAUGGAAUUACUUGAAUGGGCCGAUGAAAAGCGAGAAACAGCAGAUUUUGGCGUGGGUCCAACGUCUGCUCGAGACUUUGCCGCCGAACGAUCCCACUGCGAUUCCGGCGGUUAACCUGAUGCUUCCUGAGUGAAAUUAAAAGUGAAUAAUGCAGAAAGAGAGCAAAAGAGCCGAUUGCGCGGACAUGGCGCUGAACUUUAUGAACAACAUGAUCAAGUUGGUCAACAGCGGCUCGGAAUCUCCAGAUUCUACGGCUCAUCCAUUCAAAGUCACUCGGGAAGAGUUCUCUCAUUCGGAAGUUCAAGUCGCGUUGACCAAGAUUGGACUUGGUGAAUCAUUAAUUGAAAAUUUUCAAGUUUUUUCAAUCUUUAAAACGCAGGAGCAAAGAGAGAAAAAAUCUCAAAAUAACAAGUUCAAAAUUUGCAGGAAAUCUCGACCCAAAAGCUUCGUCUACUGCUCAUGAACUGUUUGGACGGUUGAAGAUUCAGAUUGACAACUUUUCUCGUUAUUUAUGUUUUUAUCUUCUUUCCAAUCACACAAAAAAAGAAUAUUUUUCAGGUGUAGAGAAUGGAAUGAAGGAUCUCCAGGUCCUCGAUAAAGUCCCGCCGGCUCCACAAAGUUCUUCUGAAAUUUUGAUAGUUUUUCUAACAAAAAUUCAUUUGCAGAUUGUUCUAAUUUGCCCUUUCCAAUUGUCAAAAAUGAGCUUCAUGGUUUGGUGGAUAAAAUGUUCAUGGAGCGGGCUCGGAGGGAUCAAGCAAUUUUGCUCAAGGUGGGAAUUGAAGGAAAACUUUUCCGAAUCUAUUACUUCUUUUGAAGAACCAGAAUCCUCAUGAACUUCGACCUCAAAUGGCUCAAAGAGCGCCCAAUAUUGCGGAUACUGUUCAAAAGUAUGAAUAUAUGCCGUCGAAUAUCAAUCGGAACAUCCUGCCGUCCGGGUGAAUUUAAAGUUUCACGAAAAUCACGAAAAAGCUUGAAGAUCUCUAGUUUCAUUUCAUUCUUUUCGUACCGAAACCUCGUUGAAUCGUUUUUUUUUCGCGUAUUUAGGAAAUAUAAUCUUACACCUUUACUAUUUUCCUGAAUUUCGUGGGUUUUUCGUUCAAAAUUUGAUGGUAUGGAAAAAAAAAGCCAGUGAAAUUUCAAAAGGUGACUUUUCCGAUUUUUUCGUAUCGCUAGGGAACUUUCCGACGUAUCCCUUUCCGACUUUUAUCCCUUAUACUUUUCGGUUUAUAAAACAUCUUUUAGUAUUUUUUUUUUCCUAUUUAUUUAUGUUUUAAUCAUGAAUAACUUGCCUACUUUAUAUAGGAAGAUUGAAAACGAAGAGUUUAUCGAGAAAAAAGUCGGAAAAAAAUUCGGCGGAAAGGUGGCCGUCGGAAAGUUCUCUAGCGAUAUGAAAAAAUCGGAAAAGUCGCCGUUUGAAUUUUCGCUGGUCUUUUUUUCAUACCAGCCAAAAUUUUGGGACUAUUACCGCAAGGUUUCAAAAUGUAUAAACUUUCUAGUCAAAAGAACUCUUUUCUAUUGACUUUACUGCCCUUUUAGAAUUUUUGGAACGAAAAAUUCGCUAAAAAGGUUCCUUUAAAAAAAAAAAAAAGCUCUUAAAAGGACAGGAAAAAAGUUUGAGCUUUUUUUCACAGCCAUUUUUCUGUAAAAAAAAAAUCUUUUGAAGAGCUUUUCCGUUUUUUCCUGAGAUUCUAGUCAUCCUUAAUUUCUUUUCUUUUUAUAGACCUGCCCUCUCUCCCAGAAUUCCUUAUCAAAACCAACGAUAUCCUCAAUCUUAUGCUUAUCAAAAUCAAACACACAAUGGUAUAAUCAUCAUAAGGGCGUCAGAAACAAGAGCAAAAUUCAGCUUCGCAUUCGAGUCAAAGAUCUCAAUAUCCAUCCCAAAGUUCGACCUCUUACGCUACUGGGCAAAGCUCUACGGUUGAAAAAAAAUUCUCAUUGAAUAUUCGGAUAUUAAAAUUACAGAUUGUCUCGAGAAACGAAUAUCGUCAAAGACCAACGCAAAAUGUAAUUCAAUUUCAAAAUCACUUUAAAUAAAGAUGAAAUUUAGGCUUAUCGAGAUGUGAACGAGAAUAUGCAGUUUGAGAUGAAUUCCAGGAAUUAUUCCGGAGUUCCAGCAAAAGUGUCUCCUUCGGAAAUUCAGGUUGAAAAUAUAAAGAAAAAAAUAAAUAUUUAAAAAAAAAAGGAAAUUUUCCGAUUUUUGGCGCGUAAUAGAAGUUUGAAUUGGAGUUAAGGUUUGAAAAGAUUUUCCUAGUUUUCAGGAUUUCGAAGUUCAUUAUGAAGGGGAUUGUGGUUGGAAGUGUAGAUUAGUUUUUACAGUUUGAAUUUGUUCAAAAUUAUCUCUGACUCUCCAAAAUUCAGUUAUCUUUUUCACUGUCUGACCCAUAUUUUGAAUUUCGUGUAAUCACUUCGAAAAUGAGAUACUAUAUCUGAUUCAAGGCCAGCUUGGGACGCUAAGGGGCGUGUCCUGUCUGCGCUCUCCACGAGCCAGGCGCUAUUUCGUGCAUUUGUCAGGACCAUUUUUUCGAGAGCUGAAGUCACCAGCUUCACGGCUGGUGGCUUCAUCGAUUUGAAUCAGCUAUAGCUAAAGUUCGUGUAUCCUUAAGAUCUGCCAAUAAAUUUUUUUUUUGCAAAUUCUGACGUCGGAAAUUUCACAGAGAACCAACUCGAGCUCUUCUGAAUCUUUCAUUUCGGCCAGGAAAUCGGAGGGCUUCACCAGCGUCAGCGAAUAUAUGAUGGCAAAAUUUUUUUACUAAAAUUAUUUUUCUAAAACUCUCCUUUCAGGGCCUCCCAAAAGUUUCGGAGACACCAGAAAAAAACCUUCGAGCCCUCCAAUUUACCCUCAUUUCUCUACUAUCAAAGUCGAUCCCGAUGAGUAGGUUUUCAAUGAAAUUACUUUGUAUUAUCUGA